UCUCUCAUCGUCGUCCCCAUGAAAAAAGCGUCUUUUUUCUUCUCUCUUAUAGAUUUAGAAAAGAAAAGGCGGUGUCUGUAACUGCAAAAACAAUUUCCCGAAAUUGUUUAUUUGAAAAUCAGAAAACAGAGGAUUUUCUUAUCUUUUUGUAAUUCGGCGACAGGUGGUGGCGUUUGCGGCGGUGAUGAUUGAAGGAGAAGCGUCAUUCUUCAUAAUAAUUUCUUGAUGAAAUACGAGAAAGACAGCUAAUUGAAUCGACCCAUAAUCAAUAUAUUUCUUUUUGCUCUACUACUUGUUGUUGAUGAAAUCCAUUAUUAAUAAUAAUAUUAAUUGCCUGUCUGGUCGAGAUUGAGGUGGUUGUUCUUUAAGAAAGCUGACUCAGAAUGUUUUUAUUUCGAUGAUUGAGGAGGGUCGUCCGCAUUACAGAUCAUAUCUCUUGCAUAAUUCCGCGUUUCCUUUCCGUGUUGAUUUCUUCCUUCCUUCCUUCCUUGUUAUUUCCUUUCUCUCUCGCCAACCAACGCAUCUUGUAUCAAAUCUGCAUCUAGGUUUUCGGAGGUCCGUAAUCUCAGGUCCUUUCUCAACCCCUAGUUUGUAAGGUCCCUGAUCUGGGUUCUGGAAGCAAUUUCAAGAAAUGGGUGUGGUGAGAAAGGAAUAGAUAGCUGUGGGUAUUUGGAGUUGAGGGUUUUUAGAGUAGAAAAUGGGGACAAGGGACGAGAGGCAUCAUCAUCGUCAUGAGAAUCUUGUGCCUUUAGCUGCAUUGAUUAGAAGAGAGAUGAAGAGUGAGAAGAUGGAGAAACCUACGGUUAGGGUUGGCUCUGCAGCUCAAUCCAGGAAGGGAGAAGAUUAUUUCAUGAUCAAGACCGAUUGCCAGAGAAUUCAAGGGAACCCUUCAUCAUCUUUCUCUGUGUUUGCUAUAUUUGAUGGGCAUAAUGGAUCUGCUGCUGCAAUAUUUUCAAAGGAAGAAUUACUUGGUUAUGUUUUAGGUGCUAUUCCUAGAGGAACAGGAUUAGGUCGAGAUGAAUGGCUUCAAGCUCUUCCUAGAGCUUUAGUUGCAGGUUUUGUCAAGACUGAUAAGGAGUUUCAGAGUAGAGGGGAGACUUCUGGAACAACAGCCACAUUUGUGAUCGUCGAUGGAUGGACGGUUACUGUCGCGUCGGUUGGAGACUCCCGUUGCAUAUUGGAUACGCAGGGCGGUGCUGUCUCUGUUUUGACAGUUGACCAUCGACUUGAAGAAAAUGUCGAGGAGAGAGAACGAGUAACCGCCAGUGGCGGUGAAGUUGGGCGACUUAACAUAUUUGGCGGUGCAGAGGUUGGUCCUCUUCGAUGUUGGCCUGGUGGGUUAUGUCUAUCAAGAUCCAUUGGUGACAUGGAUGUUGGAGAAUUCAUAGUACCAGUUCCUCAUGUAAAACAAGUUAAGUUAUCGAGUGUGGGUGGUCGGCUGAUAAUUGCUUCAGAUGGAAUUUGGGAUGCAUUAUCAUCGGAGGAGGCUGCAAAAUCUUGUCGGGGUUUGCCUGCAGAACUUGCAGCUAGGCAAGUCGUGAAGGAAACCCUAAGGACAAGGGGACUGAAAGAUGAUACGACUUGUAUUGUUGUGGACAUAAUUCCACCCGAUAACAUACCUUCACCACAACCUCAACAACCAUUGCCUGAGGCUCCUAAUCGAUAUAAUAAGCUGAGAUCGCUGCUGUUGUUCAGGAAGAAGUCCAAUGUUAAUAAACAAUCGAAGAAGCUAUCAUCGGUUGGUAUUGUUGAAGAAUUGUUUGAAGAAGGUUCAGCUAUGCUUGCUGAAAGGCUAGGGAAUGACAGCCCUAAUGUUGGUGUUGGGGUAGGUAUGUUUAUAUGCGCCAUUUGCCAAGCUGACUUAGCCCCGACUGAAGGCAUAUCGGUUCAUGCUGGCUCCAUCUUUUCUAUGAGCUCUAAACCGUGGCAAGGUCCUUUCCUUUGUGCUGACUGUAGGGCUAAGAAGGAUGCCAUGGAAGGAAAACGUCCUAGUGGAGUCAAAGUCACAUGAUUCUAACUAAUUCAACUAUUUUUUUUUUAUUUAUAUCUAUACAUAUAUACUUCCCAGUGAUUCUUUUCAUCAUAAUACCGUUUUUCUUCGACUGUGUUUAUGCUCUCCUAACUGAUGGUUUUAUAUAAACAUGAAUGAUAAAACUUGUGAUAGAUUCUGAAUUGCUUGAUUUAUGGU